AUGAGCAUCUGUGUGUGGAGGCUCAGCAGCUCCAUCUUUCUUUUUGUCAGGGCAUUGUGUUCUUCCUCCAGCAGCGAGCAGCAGGUGGACGAUGAUGAUGCUGAUGACAGCAGCAGACUUCCAGACACUGCCUGUGAGUGUCAGCUUAGAACAGCUUGUAUGGACCUGUUAUCCUCCAUGCAGGAGUCGGACAUCAGACUGGACAAUCUGAAGGCCAGAAUGGAACAGGUGGAAACCAGUGAAUAUGCAGGAGCUGGAUGUCAGUGGGGCGAGGUGGAGCAGGAAGUGAAGCUGAGGAAGAGCAGAAUCUUGGAGCUGAACCACAAACUGAGUACAUGUGAAACACAGCGUUCACUCCAGAUCAGAGCUGUACUCAGGAAGUACUGCCACCUGCUGGAGAAGAUCAGCUUUCUGCUGCCGUCUGACAUCUACCGACUGAUCCACCGCGAGGCCACAAUGAUCAACCAGUCUCUCCUGGCUAACCGGCGCAGUUCUGCCCGUCUGCUGCUGUGCCUCCUGGAGGAGAACCUGCAGAAGGAGGCAGGCCUUCGACUGCACUGGGACGACUGUGUGAACCACUGCAGGAGGAGCAGAGUCCACCACAUUAUAGAGGACUUUAGGAAACAGUGCAGAGGUCAUGUGGAGAGGCGGCUGACCUCAGAGCAGCAGACAGUUCAAGAGGCAAUACGAACUUGGAGAGAUUGUAGCAGAGAACGCUGUGACAUCAUCAGCAACAUGUGCUCCCUGGUCCCACCUACCUGCUCCACUGAUCUGGUCUCUGAUUGGUUCAACCAGCUAACAGCUGUCAAUCAACAGAUUGGGGGUCUUCACACUGACUUCCUGCAGCAGUUGCGUUGUUGUUAUGAGCAGACGUGGCAGGAUCAUCUGGCAGAGAUGCAGCGCUGUGAGGUGGCGCUCUCGGCUCAGCAGCUGUCACAGGACAAGGUGACAGACAUUGUCAACGCACAGCUGCGCCCUCUGAUUGGACAGAGCCAGAGCAAUGACGAAGAGCAGCUAGCUGCUUUAGAUGUGUAUUCUGAUUCUCUGGCCCGUCACGCCUUCACCCUCAGCAGAAGUGUGUUUGCUGUGAUGCACGCCGCAGUGUUGCUAUGGGAAACAUACAGCAGCAGAGUCAAAAGCACAGAAGAUGUAGUACAGCAACGUCUAGAUGAUCUCAGGAAAUCGCAGGAACAACACAUUCAGAAAAAGAAGGUGCAUCUGGAUAAUCUGCUAAGUGGACUUCGACAGGAGAGCAGUGAGGACGCUCUGAAGACGACUCUGGACAAAAACUAUCCAUAUGGUGUGUUGGAUCAUCUCCCAUCUCUCUUUCUGGAGGAACUCCUUGCCUACAGUAGCAGCCUCAGCACCUUCUUCCACCUCAGCAACACUUACACGCCGGUAACCACAGCAACUACACCACUGCCAUACCUCUGUUGGAAUUCACAUGAAAUGCAGCAGUUUUACCCACCGUCCACCAGCACGGAAAUAAUUUUGAAAGCUGAAAUGAAGAAACCAGAGGAGAAGCAGCAUCCAGUCCGUGGUCAGGAUGAUCCCUACCUGGCCCAGACCUCUGGAAAGUGGCUGACUGAGGAUGACUCCUCUCUGCUGGAUCUCUGUGACAUCAGCUACUCAGUCACAUUUGCAUCAUCCAGAGGUGUGGUUUACAGUGGCCCUGCCUUCAGAUGCCCCGCCCCUGACCCACCAGCUCACCUGCAACAGACAACACUUCUGACUGGGUUUCCUGUGGAGCUCCUCGCACAGACAUUGAGCAGGAUGAGGACUCUGUUUAUGGACCACGUGGAGCAGCAUUUCCAGGACCUCCUCAGCUCAGCUGGUGCCAUGGUAACAGCCAGGAAGGAGGAAGUACUUUUGGUCCAGGAGAUCCAACUGCAGCGACUUGACCCCCAGUUCGUUCAGACACACAUAUAUCAGCCUCGCAAGGUAGGACACACACAAUACGCUGAGCUGCAGCUCCAUCUGCAGAGUGUAGACCUUCACUGUCAGCAGAUGUCAGACGUGUUGGCCUCCUGUAGGAUGGAGCUGAAGGAGCUCCAGGACUCCAUCAGCAGGAAGAACCAACAGUUCUGUGUCACUGUGUCCGACAUGGAAGACAGCCUAUCAACGGUCAACAACAGCCGACGUCUGGAGACUCUUCACUCCACCCUACAGGAACGUGUUGAUCAUCAUAUCAAAGACACCCAAUGUUGUCAGACAGCUUUCAGACAGACGGUGCAGCUCAGACUGGAAGAGGUCAAACACACAACCACACAGCUCCUCAGCUCCUUCAGGCUGUUCAGUGAAGGAGGGGACUUUGCACCUCAGGAGCUAAAGAUGUUUCAGAGAAGGUUGAAGCAGGAAACCCAUCAGCUGAGUCUGACAGAGGAGUCCAUCUACACUCAGCUGGAGACAUUUGAGUCCAAGAGCUUACAGCAGGUGAAGGAGGUAUCAGGUCGUUUAGAAGAGAAGUUCUCCUUCCUGAAGUCUGAGUUCACAUUUGUGGAGAAAAUCCAGAAAAUACUCAACAGCACACAGAUUCAAAUCAAGGCUGAGGCAGCCGGCAGUAACCAACAGCAAGCCGUCAUCAGCAGCAAGAUGUGUGAAUUAAGGAAGAUGACAGACAACAGACAUGAAACACAGGUAUAUCCAGAUCAGGUCUGUUCAUUCCUGUCUUCUGUCGGUGAGGUGCUUAGGGAACGCCGUCAGUACCUGGAUUACUCAUUGGGUUCAGAACAGCGCCCUCUCCAGGGAGACCUCCCUCUGUCAGCUCAUUCUAAAGCCAGGAAGCAGGUGAGACCUGCUCUGCCUCCUGCCUUACUGCAGCCAAGCAGGACAGGUGUGGACUUCCACGACGACCCUGUGGUGGAUGUGGUCAAGUCCCUGAACAGAUUGUGUGUGAGCCAGGAUGAUCCAGCAGAGAAAGAACAGAGAGGAAGAGCAUCUGCUGGUAAGAGCACCACCCAGUAUUUACAUCGGAGAAGUGUUAGUGGACAGAGGGGUGGCAGGUCCAGCAGAACAGACCGAAAGGUGCAGAUAUUUGGACCCAGACCAGUGGCGGAACAGAAAACACACUCCUUUAGCUCCACCGUGAACGCUGUGCUCUGGAAGGCUUAUGAUGUCCUGCUGUUGGUUGCUGAGGACUUCUACAGGACUGAGCGUUGUAUCACCAGGUUCUCCCUGGUUCCCAACACUGUAGACCAAUGGGCUGAGAGCAUGCAGCAAAGGCUGCUGGGAUACCAGGAACAGGCCAAGAGUUUUCUGAGCACCAGCAAAGAAGAGUUGUCCAACCAGCUUUCUGUUUUCGAGGAGCUGCUUCAUUCGUUACCAGCAAUUUUAAUUAACAACCAUGAGAAACAGCAGGAGGCGGAACUUAAAGAGGAGGUGGGCGGGAUCAUGCAGAAGCUGGAGGAGACAAUGGCAGGCAGUGAGAAGGAGAAGCGUCUGAUAGUGAACAAACUGCGGCCGUCUCUGUCUCUGGAGGAUCUUCAGUCCCUCGGCAGCAGAGAGGAGCUCCGACAGCAGCAGCUACACAGCGCCAUCUGCAGCUCACAGCAGGCCCUGCAGGAUUGUGUGAGGCGAAAAGGGGAUGAGUUUAUAACAUCACUGGCUUCUCUGGCAGAGAAGCUCCUCGAUCAGCUGGACCACAUGACACCUGAAGAAAUCCAAGCGCCAUCGCAACAACACACUGAUGACACUUUCGUUACCAUGACAACAGAAGCCACGAUAGAACAGAGACCCCACACAGACAUCAGGACCUGGUCUGGUAUUUCAUACCUGUCGACCCCCACCAACGACCCCAAUGCUCCGCUGACUUCUGUAACCAUGGCAACAACACCAUCUAUCACCACAACCAAGUGCACCCUGGCACAUGUGGCUGUUGUAAAGGAGAGAGAUGCUACCGUCAAGCGGUUCGAGCAGCUGUUCAGAUCGGAGUUGUCCCGUUCAGAAGACAACAAACAAAGACAGCUGAGUGAACUCCAGAGCUGGAGCGAACACUGGAGGCAGCAGCUCCACACACUGACACAGGGACAGUAUAACUGGGUGGACGUCUGGGAUAAACUUCAAUAAAUCCACUUGUUUAUCCGUUUGUCUGUGGUGUGUGUUUGGAGUAUUGUAUACUACAGGAAUUUGUGACAAUCCAAAGUAUGGACGGCUACAUGUGGUAACAACAUCACAUCUACAGCUUUGGAAAUAUUUAUUAGACAGCCUGUCCAUUAACAUGAUCUUAUUUGUGAUUUUAAUUCUUGUUAGUUGC